GGUCCGGUAGACUUCCGCUGCGGCAUUUAGUCCCGUAACACAGCAUCGUCCAUCACCUUUUCAACUCUUUAACUUGCUUUUCUUAGAAUUCAGCAUACGUACUUCUCUUUAGAUCUAUGGGUAUAAAGGAUACAGAAACGAUCACCAAACUAAGAAAUAGACCAUAGAAUAGACCAGAUCGCUCGCCUGCCUUUUCUAUACUUCUACGUCAUCAUGGCACCUAACUCCCGUCUCAUUCUGACCCGGCACGCCCAGGCCGAACACAAUGUCGACCUGGACUACAGCAUACCUGACGCACCGCUCACCCCGCUUGGCAAGAAGCAAGCGGCGUCCCUAAGCCGGCUCAUCCCUGACCUGCAGAAAGAGGCAGAGGUUAUCGUGUCUUCACCACUACGACGCACCCUUCAGACAACAUAUCUGGGAUAUGCGCCGGCCAUCGAGCGGCUCGGCGGACUGAAGAACGUCGUCGUGCUUCCUCAAGCCCAGGAAUGCAAUGACUUGCCGUGCGACACGGGCUCGUCGAAGGAGGUCCUAGAAAAGGACCCCGAGUUCGCAGUCUUCGAUCUCGCGCCCCUGACCCCCGACUGGAACAGCAAAAAGGGGUUCUGGGCCCCGAGCGACGAGGCGCUAACGGAGAGGGCCCGAUGGGUAAGGAAAUUUUUGAGGGACAGGCCGGAGCAGAAUAUCGUGCUCGUUUCGCAUGGUGAUAUUCUAAGGAGAAUCACAGCAAGACCAGGUAGCGGCCCGAGUGAGUACCCUUGGAAGAACGCCGAGGUGAGAAUCUUCGAGUUCGAUCCUGAGUUCGUGGAUUCGGAGGAGUGCUUCUUGUACCAGAGGGAGAACGUGGCGGCUGCGGGUGGGUAUGGGCUGACAAGUACGGAGCUAGAGAUUGAGCAGACCGAGGGGAGGUUGUAGAACUCUACAGAUCAGGCUUUAUGGAAUUAUGUGUAUCCAUGGGUAUUAGAUAGGAAUUUUGGCGGGUAGAACGCCUGCUUAUAGAUGUAGACAGGCUGGUAGUCGAUGUUCGACCUUAGAGGGGAGAAUUCGGAAAUAUCUACGUGUAUUCCUAUAAAGAUAAGUACGUGAGAUAUACAUGUAUCACCUGAAAAAAAUGAAUCAAGUAGGAGAUGGACUAUCAUGAAGGCAUUUUCAAAAGCUUACCUACCUAG